AGAGGUACAGAGCAUUGUAUCUGGAGUGGGUCCACUUCUGAUUACACAGCUCUCUCUGUGAUCUUUAAAAUACAUAUGUUAUCUUAACCACCUGGGAGCUCUGCUGCUGAUCAAAUGGUACAACCACAGCUGCUGUGGGGGAGGCGAGCAGAAAGCGAGUCCCACCUCCUCACUCUGAACUAGCGGAUGUGUUUUACUUUUCUUCUCCGUCGUACUUUCUCACUUCCCUCCUUUGCUUAACUACUAACCUCGGCGUGGUUAGGCAGGCUCUAAAAUAUUUAAUCUCUGUGUUAUAAUUACUACUGACUUUAUAAAUGGCGUUUGAGGGUAUCCAGUAAUAACGAACGAGUUUAAAGGCUUUUCAUUUUUAUUUUCUUUGUCGGGCCGUGAAGGCGGCAGCCGGCAUCCGCCCAUCGAAGAUCAAGAAGACUGACAAGAAAGUAGAUUCCCCUCCUCAACUCUGAGAGGGCCGACGUGUUUGGACAGAAUGGCGGCCGGAGGACAGGAAUCAGCGAGACGAGACGAGGGGGCCUGGAGACCGAAGACGUUAACGCGAGGCCUACUCCGUAUCGGAGACGUUUGAGGACUCUGGGGAAAGAGAGAAGUCGGAGGUCAGGUCACCGCUGAGAUCUCCAGGGAUAGGAGUUACUACCUGAACACGGGAGCACAGCACACGCAGAGGAGUGAUCGGCCACCGUUGACUACCUGGUGAUCCCCGAGCCUCUGAAGCUCCAGAGAGAGACGAACCCUGAGACCCCUGAGACCCCUGAGACCUCAGACACCUAGAGGCGCGAGACUGUCGGAGGCGGACAUGAAUGACGUAGAGGAGAUGUCGGUGAAGUGCGUCCUAGUCGGGGAUAGCGCCGUGGGCAAGACGGCGCUACUGGUCCGCUUCACCUCAGAGACCUACCCGGACACCUACAAGCCCACGGUGUUCGAGAACACGGGGGUGGAGGUGUACAUGGACGGGGUUCAGAUCAGCCUGGGGCUGUGGGACACGGCGGGCAACGACAACUUCCGACAGAUCCGCCCGAGGUCCUACCAGCAGGCCGACGUCGUCCUCGUCUGCUACUCCGUGGCCAACCCUAACUCGCUGGCGAGCGUCCACAACAAGUGGAUCGCCGAGGUCCGGGAGUACCUGCCCAAGGUGCCGGUGCUGAUCGUGGCCACGAAGACGGACCUGCGGGAGGCGGGGGCGCACCGGGGCAGCUGCAUCUCGGCGGCAGAGGGGAGGCACCUGGCUCAUGAGGUCCACGCCAAAGGCUACCUGGAGUGCUCGUCCUUGGGUAACCGCGGCGUGCAACAGGUGUUUGAGUACGCGGUGCGGACGGCCGUGAACCAGGUCAGGAAACGGGCCAGGCGACGAAGGUUCGGCAUCAACCAGUGCAAGGUCUUCUGACCUUUGACCUUGACUUGGCGGGAACCCAAGCCUUCUUGGAAUGACUUUUGACAAGCCUGUAUUCUUCUUACAUAUUUAAAAAAGGAGAAUUUCUAGUUGUACUUUCCAGAAAGAGACGUAGAAAAUAAGUUUGAUUAUUCUGAUCCGUCUGUGAAGUGAACCACAGCACGUCACACGCUUGGAUUUUAAAACAUCUUCCAGAAAUUCAUCAUGAAGAACUUUCGAUGUGAAGAAUAACGCACUUAAAGCUUUAAUAUUGAAGGUACACGUCAUCACUCAAAGAGGGAAGCAUCCUAAUAUCUCAGUUUACGGUUGGAUCAGCAAAUUAAGUUUUGAAUCGCAGCGUGUAAUGAAUAAGUUCCUCUACUACCACAGAUAAAAUGACACGACUGGGUUUUGCAGUUGCAUAAGCUUUUUACAGAUUUGUUGAUAUUCUCAUGAAAUGUAAUGAAUAUGACAAAAGUAAAUAAUGGUGAGUGCAUGUUGUCAGCAAUGAUUUAUAAGCCCAGUGUGGUGCAUGGAGCUCCACAUAUAACAUAUUAUUGAGAUUAUUGCUACAAAGAGGAUAAUGUUUCAUAAGACCAGACCAGGAAAUAAACCCUCAGUAGGUGAAAGCGCUCUAUACGUUUCAAGAGAUGCAUUUGAUAUAAACAUAUAUAUAUAUAUAUAUAUUCAUGUAUACAAAUAUAAAUAUAUAUUAAAAAUAUAUAUAUGUAUGUAUGUGUGU